ACUCGCGCCAAAGUCAGUCAGUCAGUUGGCUAGUACAAGACAAGACGCGUCUCAAGUGUUGGCUCCGCAAAGCUUUAUCAUUAAUUGCAAAUUAGUUGAAAAUACAAUAUAUAUUUGUUGUUGCAUUUUUUGGAAUUUUCUAGCGCUGUUGUAAAUUUACAACAACACAAGUCAAACGCGGAAGUCAAGCAUAUUUCUCUUGUCGCAUUUCGCCGCGCGUUGUUGUCCGCGGUAUAUAAACCCAGUGUCGCUUUGCGGUUCGCUUUAAUUACAAUUUUUUCGCUGCACUUGCGGAAGUGCUUUGGUGUCUUACCAUAAAAUAAAUAAAAAAAAAAGAAUAAUAAAAUAAUUAAAGCAAAUAAAAAACAGCAAAAUGAAGUUAAGCCAAAUCAUCUCACUCUCGCUCAUACCCACGUUGUAUGUGCUGUUUGUGUUGUUAUUGGAAUUCGUGGAUGAUGCUGUGGCACAAAAUCCUGACCCACUUUUCCAGCUGCCCGUGCAGUUGGUGGGCUUUCCGGUUAUUGUGCUGUCCGUACGCUUAUCGCAAUUCGCUAAAAAGCUGGCCUACUCGCUGAAUCCAAAUACCUAUCGUACGCGCAGCAAACGUGAGGCCGCUACAUCAGCCGCUUACGAUGCUGAAUUGGCGCAAAAAGAGAUCUUACGUGAGUUCGGUCCACGCGCUUGCAUAUUGGAGGAACCUUGCCGGCUACAUGCUUCACGGCCAGGUCGUUUCGGUGUGCAACAGCAUCAAGCAUGGAAUGAAAUAUUGAGAAACUACCGAGUUCAAUCAACCGGCAUGAAACAAUGGUACCUGCUCUCACUCUUCAUUGGCGAUGCCGUGCGCGAUGUGCCACUGUGCCGGCACCUGGCCAAGCGGAUGCCAUGUCCAGGCGUUGGACCAUUGCCGCCACCACAGCCGCGUUAAGCGUGCGCACCUCCAGUGGCAAAGCAGUAACCAAAGUAAUGUCAAAACAACAGCGCACAGAGUUCUAUUUAGUACUCGCACCGUUGGGAUGUCGUCGUCAUCGUUGACUGCGCUUUGGUGUGACGGGCGUGCCACCAUAAACCUCGGUCAUGACACAAAAUACCUUAACUAGUACAUUGUACAUAUAUUUAUAUAUAUUUCUUUGCAUUACUUACUACCAUACGAAAGUCAGCGCAUAACGGUACAUCACAAACACACAAAUUACUUCACUCAUUCAUUGCAGCAUCAUGUGUGACAGACACAACUCUCUAGUGUUCUCUUUUUCAUUUUUUUUUGUGUUCUUUACUUUAUUUUACUUAUCCUUUCUACUUUUUAUUAUCUUUUUUCACAUUGAGCGCAUUUGUUUUGCAUGUUUGCCAAAGUUUUUAAUUUUCAUGCCAACGCAAUUGUCAUGACAAGCGUGUUGUACGCACACAACCAUACAUAUUUACUUAUAUCAGUGGAAGAAUUGCAGCAAUCAACAAAGCGUUGUAGCGUUGAUAGAACGAAAUGGAACGAAAAGCAAGCGACAACUUCAUAUACUUUUUUAUAUGUAUGUGUAUUUAUAUAUGUUUACAUUUAAAGUUCAGUUCAAACCCUGUAGGAAAUUGAUAUCGACACCAAAAAAAUGUCUAUAAAAUCGAAUCUAUGAAAUACACACCAUUUAAUUCGAACAGUUCGGGGUAAAGACUUUGACCGAAUAUAAAUCUGAUACCAGAGUUGAAUCGCCUGUCUAUCAGAUGGAAGGAAUGCCAAUACUAAUACGUAUCAGCACUAAUUCCUAUUAUUUCAAAUUAAAAUCAUUGUAAUAUUCCAAGUCUCACUUUAAUUUGAACCACUCGAACCACCAACUUUGAUAGCAUUUUCACACAGGAGCUAAUUGAUCAAUUAACCGGCCUCUGCUCGAUUAAAACGCUGAUUAAGAUCGAUUUAUCAUACAAAAUAAAAAUCUACAUUAACCCUUAAUUGAAUUUUAAUCAACUUGAAAAUGAAAUGCAACCCUGCGACUUAGGCCGUAUUUGUAAUUAUAUAUACGUUCUUUGUCAGCGAGUUGUUGUUCACGCUAAACGGUAGAUGUCGCUGCUAAAAUAUCAAUCAGCUGAUGAAACUUACCAACUUCUUAUGAAAAGCAAAAAAAAAAAAAAGUGUAACAGCUG